CCUGCUGCCCUCAGAGACACGUCCACAACCUGAAGUCAUGAAGCUGACCGUGCUGUUCUCUUCUGUUCUGCUGCUCUCUGUCUCUGUCCUAUCCCUGGAGGAUGACGCCCCUGUGACAACGACAUUUGGAUCACCAAAACAAACCGCCCAGACUGGACCCACACAGUCUGACUGUGACAAGUAUGGGGACUUCUGCACCAAGCAGUUUGAUCCAGUAUGUGGCAGUGAUGGAAAAACCUACAGCACCGAAUGUGUUCUCUGCCAGCACAACAGAGAAAAGAAGACGAAUGUGACAAUGGAAAGCAAAGGGGAGUGCCCUUCUUAACUGACUGUGUGGCCCAGUGACACACACACACACACACACACAUACACAUCUGGCUGUUGAAUUGGCAUAUCAUAUCCAUUCCCUGUAUCUUGCCUUCUCAAUAAAGUUACAUACAGCAACAUGUGUAUGUUUAUU